GUCAAAUCAACAAUUAUUGAACAUCUUAUUUUCUUACACGCUGUUCGUACCGGUACAUGUUUUCACUUUUUUUUUUAUUUACAAAAUAAUUUGCAUAAAAGAUCAUAUAAAUUAAUAAGGUCGGAGUAAGUAAAAAAUUUUAUUAUAUUUAGAGUAGUAGUAGAAUAGGUAUAUAGAGAGUAGUUAACCUCUAGAAUCCUUCAUGUCACUUCACUAACAUCCUCGAGGUAGGUAGUCUAAAAAUAAUUCUGGUUAUAACGACUGAUGAAUGUUGAAGAGUAUAACCAAAGAAAUAUUGUUACACAGCUAUUUAAACUUUCGUUUAUUGGGUAUUAACACAGCAACAAUGUCUUUGGAACAGGCUAAGCAAGUGGCCGCAUACAAAGCUGUUGAUGAAUUUGUAACAAAUGACUGUGUUUUUGGCGUUGGAAGUGGUUCAACUGUCGUGUAUGCCGUACAACGCCUGGCGGAACGAGUGGAAACUGAUAAAUUAAAGGUAAUAUGUAUACCAACCUCUUUCCAAGCCAAACAGUUAAUCAUAAAGCACAAACUUACAUUGGGAGAACUAGAAACAAAUCCACAAAUUGAUGUCACCAUUGACGGCGCCGAUGAAGUGGACUCCAAUAUGAUCUUGAUCAAAGGUGGAGGCGGUUGUCUCCUUCAAGAGAAAAUUGUUGCCUCAUGUUCCAAAAAACUUAUAGUUAUUGCUGACUACACUAAGGACUCUGUAAAACUGGGUGAUAGGUACAAAAAAGGAAUACCCAUUGAAGUUGUACCGAUGGCAUAUAAUCCCAUUAAAAACAAAAUAAUUACUCUAUUUGGUGGUGAAAUUAAGUUGAGAAGUGCUGUUGCAAAAGCAGGACCUGUUGUAACUGACAAUGGUAACUUCAUACUCGACUGGUUAUUUCCAAAUCAAAGUUUAGAUUGGCAAAAAGUAAACACUACAAUAAAGAUGAUACCUGGUGUUGUAGAAACUGGCUUGUUUAUUAACAUGUGUCAGAAAGCUUAUUUUGGCCAACCAGAGGGCAAUGUAAUAGAAAGAUCUGCUUCUAUUUAAGUAAAAUUGUGUAUGUGUGUGUGUGUCAUCAAAAAUAAGGCUUUUUUUAUAUUUUUUUAAAGUGCAGAAUUUAUUUUUUUAUUAUAUUUUAUAUAAAAU